CCGAUAUGUGAACUUUUUUGACCUUGAACAAAUAAAUAUUUGUUUCUGACAACAUCAUUUCGUUUAUUCAUAUUGCCAGUGAUAGAUGUGGAGAACGUUAUGCCAGCAACAGAAGAGCAACCAAUUUCCCAAGCCGGAUGGGAUUUCAUUACCGAUUUAGGUACUUUACCAGAAGAUGAAAAUAUUAUUAUAGAUUUUCUAUUACAAAGAUUACAACGUGGUCAAAUUUAUACAUGGGUUGGUUCACUACUCCUGACAUUAAAUCCUAACAAUGAAGUAUCAACAUCUCAUUUGUAUAAUUCUUCAGAAUUUAAUAAACAUAUUGAUAUAUCUCAUACUACGUAUGAAGCAAAUCCUCACAUAUUUGCUGUUGCUGCUAAGGCACAUUACAAUCUUAUCAAGGAACAUGGACAAAAUGCUCAGGUAAUUGUUAUAAGUGGAGAAACUGGAACAGGAAAAACAUUCAAUGCUUGCAAGUGUCUAGAGUUUCUUAGUAAUAUUAACAAAUGGUCAGUACAAUUAUCUCAAGGAGAUUGUGCACACAAUAUUAUGCUAAGAAUUACAGACGCUUGUCGUUUGAUAUCUACUUUUACAACUGCCUGUACUGAAAAAAAUGAAAUAAGUUCAAGACAUGGACAACUUGUAAAACUUCAUUAUAAAAGUGGAAUUAUUUCUGGUGCAACUAUUAACUCGUUUCUCUUAGAAAGAAAUAGAGUAACAAGAGGUUCAAGCAAUUUUCAAAUUUUUUAUCAGAUGAUAUUUGGAAUGUCACCUACAGAACUUGAAAUUUUUAAUUUAUCUAAAGAUAAAUAUUAUGAUAUAUUAAAUGUUAUAGAUUGCAAUAAGAAGAAAUAUUUUCAAGAAAGUUUCCAAGAUACUCUGAACGCAUUGGAUAUAUUGGAUUUCAAAUCUGAUCAAAAAAAGAACAUUUUUCAAGUUCUUGCCUUAUUAAUUCAUAUGGGAAAUAUUAAAUUUAGAGAAGAUGGUGAAAUAUGUGCAAUUGAUUUUAGUAAUAAUAAAUCAAAGGAAGCUCUAAAAAGUACUUGUAUUCUUAGUUCUUUAACUGAAGAUACUAUCAUGGAAUUACUUACUACUAUUCUCAUAAACCCACAAAGUACUUGGCGGAAACACACUUCGUACCAUCGACACCUUGUUAGUGUUGAUGCAUGUCGCAACAGAUUACAUAGUAUAAUUAGAUAUAUGUACGAUCUUCUUUUUCAUUGGAUCUUAAAUCAUGCAAAUAAAACUUUGUCUUUAAAACAACAAUAUUCACAAUGGCUUGGCAUACUGGAUAUCUUUGGUUUCGAAUCGUUUACUAAAAACGGAAUAGAACAACUUUGUGUAAAUUAUGCUAAUGAGAAAAUGCAACAAUAUUUCAUAGAAACUUGUGUGGAAAAUAAUCGUAAUGAGUUACAAGAGGAAGGUUUUAUUAAAAUUUGCAAUCCUUCACAUACUAUCAAUUUAUACAAAGAACGUCUAAAUGUUAUUGAAGAAAAUUUAUUUUUGACCUUGAAUGAUGCUUGUCAAUCACCAGUAGUGAUAGAUAUAUUAACAAUAAUUCAAUCAGUAUGUAAAAAUUUACACAAUGCACAAAAAAAAUUUUUAAGUGAGAAAGAAGGAAACUUCAUUAUAGAACAUUACUCUGGUCCUGUUACAUAUUCUAUAGAAGAUUUACUAUCUAAAAAUACAGAUAAGGUUCCAAAUGAAAUAUCUCUAAUUUUCAGUACAAGUAAGAAUAAAUUUCUUCGUUCCUUAAUCAAUUUUGGAGAGGAACAAUAUUUGCAUAUUGUAAAGGGAUCUAUUACAAAAAAAACUAUGUUAGCUAAAUUAAAAUAUAAUAUGGAUACACUUAUUAAGGAACUUAGAAAAUGUGACUUGCAUUACGUACGAUGUGUUAAACCAAAUCGAUCGAUAAAUAAUGAAUGGGAUCGUAAAAACUUCCAAAAACAAUUGGCAUGUAUUGGUAUUUUUGAUGCUUUACCUUUAGCUAAAUGUAAAUAUCCUAUUCGUUUACGUCAUCAAGAUUUUUAUGUUCGUUACUCCAGAAAGCCUAUGGAAAUGAUUGAUCUCGACAAAUGUAAACUGAUUCUGGAGUCAAUUGUAUCUAAGAAAGAUCUACAAACACAGGUUCAUUUUGGAAAGCAAUUGAUAUUUUUAACAGAGCCUAUUUUUCUUAAAUUAGAAUCCUAUAGAAGGAAUUAUCGUAUAAAAUAUGCUAAUAAAAUAAAAACGUUUUGGAUAAAGCAUAGUAAGUAUAACAUCUUACAUAUACUUUUUUGUUCUUUUCUCAAAAUUCUUUUCACAGGACGUAAAAUAAUACCAGCUAUCUCAAAAUAUUUGGGAACUAACUUUUCAAUACAAAAUAUAUACAACAUAAACAAAGACAAUACAACUGUCAAAAUUAUGCUUGAAAGUGAAUUGAAAACAUCAAAUUCUUUGGAGGAAGCUCCAGUCGCUCAGAACAAUAAGGAAACAAGUCAUCUAAAUCUGGUAAUGGAAAAUAAGGAAAAUAAAAAUAAGAAUAUAAAUAAAAGUCUGAAUGAAACUUAUUCAGAAUAUAAGAAUGAAAAUAAGAAUAACUGGCCGAAGAUGCUAAAUAUUUUUGGAAAAGUAUAUGUCCUUAAAAAUUGGCCAAAAAUAAUUAACCUUAGAUAUCAACUCAGUGAUAUACAAACUAAAACUUACUUAAAAACGAUCAAUUCUGAUUAUUUUCCAAAACUUGAACAUGGUAAAGACUUUCAUAUGUACAAUGAUAUGAUAGAUGAUAAUUGUAAUGACAAUAACAAUAAUUUAUUGAAACAGCGUUUAGCGUUACAUAGUUCUUUAAUGAAUAUAGACUCUGUAAAGAAUAUCAAUGAAAAAGGAUAUUCUAUGUAUUGCGAGAAGGACAAAAUUGUUACUAUUGAAAUAGAUUCCUGUUUACUUUUUUAUAAGAAUCGAAUUUUAAGUCGACGACAGCUUGCUGCAAUACCGAUAAGGAUGCAUACUCGGGCUACAUGUUUGAUUAAUUCGCAUAUAUUACCACGUAGUGUAUUACCGCAAGGGUUACAAGACUGUCUUUAAUAGAGAGGUCAAUUUUUUCGUUUUCAGCAAUAUACAGAAGAUAUUGUUAUAAAAACGUACUACUAUAAGUAGGGUCAUAAAUAACAAAUCUUAAACUUUAUGUAUAAAUGUGAAAUAAUGUUUUCUCCCUUUAACGAGAAAA